GUGUGUGUGUGGCUCCCGGGCCGACACCCGCGCCUACGCUCCCGGAGGAGCCGGAGCUGCUCUUCCUCGGCCCGACGGAGAGCGGCAGUGUCUCCCCGCGCAGUGCACGCUCGGCCCGCGUCUCCCCCCGCGGCGGCGGCGGCGGCGGCGGCUCCUCCUCGGCACCGCCAGCCCCAGCGCCGCUCCGGGGCGGGCGGCGGGACCCGCGGAGCCGCUUUGUGUGCAUCCCGACGAGGGGCGGCGGCGCAACCACCUGACAGAGGCCCGUGCGCUCGAUGCACCUUCCGCCCGCAUGAAGAGGAGAGGCCGGUAGAGGACUGUGAAAGAGAAGUUGUCCCCCAGGAUGGACUACACGGCGCAGCCCAAGCCUGCCACUGCCCUCUGCGGCGUCGUGAGCGCCGAUGGGAAGAUCGCCUACCCACCGGGGGUGAAGGAGAUCACUGACAAGAUCACCACCGACGAGAUGAUCAAACGGCUGAAGAUGGUAGUAAAAACCUUUAUGGAUAUGGAUCAGGAUUCAGAAGAUGAGAAGCAGCAGUAUCUCCCACUAGCCUUGCAUCUUGCAUCUGAAUUCUUCCUCAGGAACCCCAAUAAAGAUGUGCGUCUGCUUGUAGCAUGUUGUCUGGCUGACAUCUUUCGAAUCUAUGCCCCAGAAGCUCCAUAUACUUCUCAUGAUAAACUUAAGGAUAUAUUUUUGUUCAUUACCAGACAAUUAAAAGGUUUGGAGGAUACAAAGAGUCCGCAGUUUAAUAGAUACUUUUAUUUAUUAGAGAAUUUAGCUUGGGUUAAAUCAUACAACAUCUGCUUUGAUUUGGAAGAUUGCAAUGAAAUUUUUAUUCAACUUUUUAGAACUCUGUUCUCAGUGAUCAAUAAUAGCCACAAUAAGAAAGUACAAAUGCAUAUGCUGGAUUUGAUGAGUUCUAUCAUCAUGGAAGGUGAUGGAGUUACUCAAGAAUUAUUGGACUCCAUUCUCAUUAACCUCAUUCCAGCCCAUAAGAACUUAAAUAAACAGUCCUUUGACCUUGCAAAAGUUCUCUUGAAAAGAACAGUUCAGACUAUUGAGGCAUGCAUUGCCAAUUUUUUCAAUCAAGUCUUGGUGCUGGGAAGAUCAUCAGUGAGUGAUUUGUCAGAACAUGUAUUUGAUCUGAUUCAGGAACUUUUUGCUAUAGACCCUCAUCUAUUAUUAUCUGUCAUGCCGCAGCUUGAAUUCAAACUGAAGAGCAAUGAUGGGGAGGAACGAUUAGCUGUUGUUCGACUUCUAGCUAAAUUAUUUGGUUCUAAAGAUUCUGAUUUGGCAACACAAAAUCGUCCUCUUUGGCAGUGUUUUCUUGGACGAUUUAAUGACAUUCAUGUUCCGGUGAGAUUAGAAAGUGUGAAAUUUGCCAGUCACUGUUUAAUGAAUCACCCAGAUUUAGCAAAGGAUCUCACAGAAUAUUUAAAGGUUAGAUCACAUGACCCCGAAGAAGCUAUUCGUCACGAUGUCAUUGUUACCAUAAUAACAGCUGCCAGAAGAGACCUCACGUUAGUAAAUGAUCAGUUGCUUGGCUUUGUACGAGAAAGGACACUGGAUAAACGGUGGCGAGUGAGAAAAGAAGCUAUGAUGGGUCUGGCUCAGCUCUAUAAGAAAUACUGCCUACAUGCUGAAGCAGGAAAGGAAGCAGCAGAAAAAGUCAGCUGGAUCAAGGAUAAACUUCUGCAUAUUUAUUAUCAGAACAGCAUCGAUGACAAACUGUUGGUAGAGAAAAUCUUUGCUCAGUACCUUGUCCCUCAUAACCUGGAAACAGAAGAGAGAAUGAAAUGCUUGUAUUAUCUGUAUGCUAGUUUGGAUCCAAAUGCUGUGAAAGCUCUUAAUGAAAUGUGGAAGUGUCAGAACAUGCUGCGGAGUCAUGUGCGCGAACUACUAGAUUUGCACAAGCAGCCUACAUCAGAAGCUAACAAUUCUGCCAUGUUUGGAAAACUGAUGACCAUAGCAAAGAAUUUGCCUGAUCCUGGCAAAGCACAAGAUUUUGUGAAGAAAUUUAACCAGGUUCUUGGCGAUGAUGAAAAGCUGAGGUCUCAGUUGGAGUUACUCAUCAGCCCUACCUGUUCCUGCAAGCAGGCGGAUGUUUGUGUGAGAGAAAUAGCUCGGAAACUUGCAAAUCCUAAGCAGCCAACAAACCCAUUUCUAGAGAUGGUCAAAUUUCUGUUAGAAAGAAUUGCACCUGUGCACAUUGACUCAGAAGCCAUCAGUGCACUUGUAAAAUUGAUGAAUAAAUCAAUAGAGGGGACAGCAGAUGAUGAAGAGGAGGGUGUAAGUCCAGAUACUGCUAUUCGUUCAGGACUUGAGCUUCUAAAGGUUCUGUCUUUCACACAUCCUACCUCGUUCCACUCUGCAGAGACAUAUGAGUCCUUGUUGCAGUGCCUGAGGAUGGAGGAUGAUAAGGUAGCAGAAGCUGCUAUACAAAUUUUUAGAAAUACAGGCCACAAAAUAGAAACAGAUCUUCCCCAGAUACGAUCGACUUUAAUACCAAUUUUACAUCAGAAGGCAAAGAGGGGUACUCCGCACCAGGCAAAACAGGCUGUGCACUGUAUACAUGCCAUAUUCUCAAAUAAGGAAGUCCAACUUGCACAGAUUUUUGAGCCACUAAGUAGGAGUUUGAAUGCCGAUGUUCCGGAGCAACUUAUAACUCCGCUAGUUUCCUUGGGCCACAUUUCCAUGUUAGCUCCAGAUCAGUUUGCUUCCCCGAUGAAAUCUGUAGUAGCAAAUUUUAUUGUGAAAGAUCUGCUAAUGAAUGACAGGUCAUCAGGUGAGAAGAACGGGAAGUUAUGGUCUCCAGAUGAAGAGGUCUCUCCUGAAGUACUAGCGAAGGUGCAGGCAAUUAAACUUCUGGUAAGGUGGCUAUUGGGUAUGAAAAACAACCAAUCUAAAUCUGCCAAUUCAACUCUUCGGUUAUUAUCAGCGAUGUUGGUUAGUGAGGGUGACCUGACAGAGCAAAAGAGGAUCAGUAAAUCUGAUAUGUCUCGCUUGCGAUUAGCUGCUGGUAGUGCCAUAAUGAAGCUUGCUCAGGAACCUUGUUACCAUGAAAUUAUUACCCCAGAGCAGUUUCAACUCUGUGCACUUGUUAUUAAUGAUGAGUGUUACCAAGUAAGGCAGAUUUUUGCUCAGAAGCUACAUAAGGCACUUGUGAAGUUACUGCUCCCAUUGGAGUACAUGGCGAUCUUUGCCUUGUGUGCCAAAGAUCCUGUGAAGGAAAGACGAGCGCAUGCACGACAGUGUUUGCUAAAAAAUAUUAGUAUACGCAGGGAGUACAUUAAACAGAAUCCUAUGGCUACUGAGAAAUUAUUGUCACUGUUGCCUGAAUAUGUAGUUCCAUAUAUGAUUCAUCUGCUAGCACAUGAUCCAGAUUUUACAAGAUCACAAGAUGUUGAUCAACUUCGUGAUAUCAAAGAGUGCCUAUGGUUUAUGCUUGAGGUUUUAAUGACAAAGAAUGAAAACAAUAGCCAUGCCUUUAUGAAGAAGAUGGCUGAAAAUAUCAAGUUAACCAGAGAUGCCCAGUCUCCAGAUGAAUCCAAAACAAAUGAGAAACUUUACACAGUAUGUGAUGUGGCUCUGUGUGUUAUAAAUAGUAAAAGUGCUUUGUGCAAUGCGGAUUCACCAAAGGAUCCAGUCCUCCCAAUGAAAUUUUUUACACAGCCUGAAAAGGAUUUCGCUAAUGACAAGAGUUAUAUAUCAGAAGAGACAAGAGUACUACUGCUCACCGGAAAGCCAAAGCCUACAGGAGUACUUGGUGCAGUAAACAAGCCUUUAUCGGCAACGGGAAGGAAGCCUUAUGUCAGAAGCACUGGCACUGAGGGUGGAAGUAAUAUUAAUGUAAAUUCAGAGCUGAAUGCUGCAACCGGAAAUCGAUCAAGGGAGCAGAGUUCGGAGUCUGGAGAAACUGGCAUUAGUGAAAAUGAGGAGAACCCUGUGAGAAUUAUUUCUGUUACUCCUGUAAAGAAUAUUGAACCAGUAAAGAAUAAGGAAAUUAAUUCUGAUCCGGCUCCCCAGGGCAAUAUCAGCAGUGACCGGGGGAAGAAAAGGACAGUAACGGCGGCUGGUGCCGAGAACAUCCAGCAGAAACACGAGGACCAGGAGGGUGAAUCCGGCCCACCUGCCCCGUCGAAACCCAGGAGAGGACGUCGACCCAAGUCUGAAUCUCAGGGCAAUGCAGCAAAAAAUGAUGAUUUAAACAAGCCUGUCAGCAAAGGAAGGAAGAGAGCUGCUGUUAGUCAGGAGAGCCCAGGCGGGUUGGAAGCAGGCAACGCCAAAGCACCCAAAUUGCAAGAUGUCACCAAAAAGGCAGCACCAGCAGAGAGACAAAUUGACUUACAAAGGUAAAAAGAAAAGUCGCAAAGAGAAAAUGAAGCCAAACUGAAGCAGGCCCCACCCAGCUUCUGCGAAACCUUGGAGAAUGAAGUUCACUUAACACACACUUUCUGCCUUGAAAACGGAAAGAAACUAUGACUUCCUUUUCACAUAACCACAAAUCCUUUGGUGGAAAUGUACAGGAAAAACUCUUGAGAGAGAGGCUAAAAGCCACUCUGUUAUACCCUCCCCCCUCGGACUUUUCUUAGGAAAAGUCAAUAAUUAAGCAAAUUGCUUAACAUUUGGUUCCAGUUCCUGCAUAUCUGGAGUUUAAACGCAUAAUGCACCAUUAAUUCCAUGCUGCAGUUUUUAUUUAAAAGGAAAUAACAAGAUAUCCUUAUACUGACACUGAAAAUUCAUCCAUUUUAGAGCCAGGAAUUCCCAUGUUACACAAGAAAAAAUAGAAGUCUACUGAAAUAAUUUUUUAGAAUAAGAGAAAUCAAAUGAAAUAUUUCUUUGUUUUUCCUUUUGGAAACUUUAUGUAUAAUUCUUUCUGCCUGCCUACUUUUCUGCAAAAAUGAGAUGUACAAAUUUCAGUUCCCUGCUAUGAAAAGUGACGUGGUGGCAAUUUUAUAAGUGUUUCUUUCUGAUUUUUAUCAGAGUGAGAAAAUAAUUAAAAUUAUUAUUGAUUUGCAAGUAGUAAACACUUCAUAUUUUGAUUUCACCGCCAUUUUAGGUUUAAUAUAAUUUGCAUUAAGUGUACAUAUUUGUUUGUUUCCUAAAGCGUUUCACUUUAAAACAGUUUUUACUCCUAGUUAUGUUGGAAUAUUUGGAAUUUUUAAGGAGUAAAGAUUGCCCCGCAUUUGGUUUUAUAAUAUUUCUCACCAGAUUUUUAUUACUGAUAUUAAAGAAAAAGUCAAUUUUUUAAAAUGGUUGGACUUUGGCAGCUUUGUAAAGGGAAGUUAGAGGUGAUCAGGCUCCCUACCAAGUUUCAGCAUCGUGCUAUUGAGGAAUAAGUGUUUUGGUUUUUGUAUGCCAGUCUGGGCUGUUUUAAUGUUUAUUUUAAAAGACAACUGUUGCAUCAAAAUUUUAUGUUUCUUGGCAUUGUUCAGCAUAGGUAAUGUGUGCAAUUUGAUGUGCACAUUCAUAUUCAAAGGUUUUUUGCAUAAAAUAAAUGCUUCUAGAUGUCAUGGCAGUCUUUUUUUUAUCAUAUUUUCUUGUGAAUUUUUUCAUUUAAAAGGGCUAAAGUCAUAAACAUUACAGUCAACUCUCAAUUAUCUAUAUAACAGCAUGGCUCUGCCGUAGGUUUUCAAUUUUGGGGUCGCCGUGAACUCACAGAUGACAUAAUGCAGACCACUCUGCAAGUCCUGGUGUGUGUGGUCCCUGGGAGGCUUGUCUCAGCCCUGGCGGAGUUUGCUCCCUUCUCCAGCAUCAGUUAAAGGAAGUGAACAGCACUGGCAUUAAAGCUUGACCUUCAUUGGCUUUAGUCUUAAGAAGCUAAAAAACAAUGAAAUGUAAUUGAAAAGGGUGAUAAUGUUGGAGUGAAAUUUGUUGAUAAUUGUCCCUUACGUUCUCAUAGAUAAUCAAGAGUUGGCUGUAAUCUGAAAGAUGGAUAAUUCUUUUAAAUAUGCAUAUAAGUACGUACACAUCUUUAGGUAUCAGAAGAUGGUUAGGCAAAAAAAAAAAAAAAGGCUGCCAGUGAUAGAAAACAAUAUCUUUUAAAAAUACAAAAAAGCUCUAUCCUUCCUACUGCCUUUUCAUAACUUUAGAAAGAAAAUAUAGAAUAUUGCCUCCACUAUGCUGACAAGAGUUUCUAUGCACAAGUAUCAAAGAAGUCCCUUGAGCAGUUGGUGGACAAGUUGUAUUUUGAGUUGAGAGUUCCCUUAGCAUCAGACAGCUUGAUUCUGAAGGCCCUGAGUUUAUCAGCAAGCAAACGUACACUGAGAGAGACUUUGAUCUCCCUCCUUAACAGAUUAGCCAGCAGAGGUAGAUUACCACAUGUUUG